UUUCCAUAGAAAGUGAAAGUGCAUACGAAUACGAUUGCGAGUUUAUUUUAUUGCGUCUCGUAUUUAUGAACUUUUUAUGGUGUUGUCAGUUCAAUGUUCAACUUCAGUCAGUUGUGAAUAGUGAGUUGCAGUCGUUUGCCAUCAUUAUUUAUUCUAUAUAAAGUUUGUAUAAUUUCAAUUGGGAUACGUCGACGAUAUGGAUGACAAAAAAAAAAAUCGUGGCGGAGGCGGAAAGAAAUCAGGUCGCGGUGGUUUUCAACAGCAGCAAGAUCGUGAUCAGUCUAGACCCAAUUAUCCGCCUGCAGAGUCUGGUAACGCCGGGCGCGGGCGUGGCGCAUGGCUACAUCAUCAAUACAGCCCAAGAGCUGGUGGCCCUGGAGGGCCUAGUUCUCACGAUCCUGGUUCUGGCGCAUCGCCACAUCAUCAAUACAGCUCAAGAGGUCGUGGCUCUGCCGGACCUAGCUUUCACGAUCCUGGUUCUGGCGGUCGUUUUAACCCUCAUCAGCAACAACGUCCGUUUGUACCGACCCAGCCGGAUCAAAGAUUUCAAGCACCUGCUCCUAUGCAUCGAGGGGAACCACCAAUACGUUGGGGGCCGCCUGGAGGACAAAGACCAUCGAGGCCUGCAUUUACACCGCAACGAACACCAUUCCCUUCCGAACCUUCUGCCAGCUCGUCGACUCGUGAUCUGCCUGCUGCGUCAGCUUGGGGCUCGAAGAGUGCUUCUAGUGAGGCACCAGCCCGAGAUCCUCAGCCUGGUGGCGCAUGGGCUCGAAAACCCGAUUCUGAUCAACCCGUUGCGAAAGCUGUAGCUCCGAAAAGCGCAUCAGGCGAGGUACAUCUAGAUUCUAAGCCUGAAGUUGCACAGCCGCAGCCCCAAGCGCCCGAAAAAUCUUCCGAAGCGCAGGCAUCUUCAUCGUCGAAAUCUGGCAAGAAGAAGAAGAGGAAGGGAGGAGGAGGCAUUGGAGACAAACCAUUAGAUCAAGCGUUUAAAACGGAUCUUGUAUUGGGAUCUUCGAGCCAACCAGGUACUAAAAAACCUGAAACCAAAGUUGAGAAAGCGGCUCCUCCUGCGAAGCCCGUACAAGAACCGGACAAAACAACGGCACCGUUGUUUGAUAUACCAAAGAGGCCUAAAGGUACUCUGGUACAUCCUGCGAAAUACUUCCAGAACGAGAGAGGAAGUCUCGUGGAAGUCAACUUUUUACGUAUCGACUUGAAAAGCUUGGCACUUAAAAUUUUUCAAUACGAUGUUGCUUUUGAACCCGAUAAACGUCCGGAGUUAUUCAGGGAAGCGUUGAGGUUAUUAUUCGAACAAAAUAGGAUUAAUAGGCAUCCAGCACACGACGGCCGUAAACAAAUAUACGUGGCUGGUUCUAAGAUACGUUUUCCUGGUGAUACUGAUUCGUUCACGGGCAAUGUUGAAGUAUCGUACGAAGAAGGUCGUCGAAUCAACUACACGAUUGCUGUUAAACUUACAAGGGAGACGGAUUUGCAGUCGUUGGCCACGUACAUGAGAAAUGGUUCAUCUUUACGUCCAUUUGACAUUCAACCGUUGGAAAUAGCUUUGAUGCACCCUGCGAUGUCCAAUCCAGAUUUAAUCAAAGCUGGACGUUCAUUCUUCACUGUACCGAAUUCACCAACUUACUUGGGUAACGGAAUGGACUUAUUUAAAGGUCAUACUCAGAGUGUGGUUAUACCGUGGUUGGACGAGAGCAAAGGCACGCCGCAUUUAUACCUGAACGUUGAUGUUGCUCAUAAAGCGUUUCCGCGAGCGCAACCAGUCAUCGAUUACAUUGAACAUCAAUUUUUCUCCAGUGAUAGAGGUCCCGCUCUACAAAAUGAUACAAGUUUAGCACCAUGGCAAAUGCAGGCCGCUUCAAGUUUUCUGAAAAACAUAAAGGUUGCGUACGAUGAUGGAGUCAGAAGACGCACCUUCAAAGUGGAUUCUCUCGGUCAAUCACCCAGAGAGGCUAGAUUCAAGCUGGAAAAUGGACGUGAAACUACUGUACUGGAAUAUUUUAGAACUGAGAAGAAUAUUCGGUUGAAGUAUCCCAAUCUGCCCUGCCUAAAUUCUCGCAAUAGACUUUUUCCAAUCGAACGAUGCACUGUGGUUCCGAAACAAGUAGUCAACAAGGUAAUGGACGGUGAUCAAACUAGUGCGAUGGUAUCAUGUGCCGCAAAGCCUACUACCGAGAGGAAACAAACGAUUAAUCAAUCGCUAAGAAAUAUACCAUUCAAUAGUGACCCCUGUUUGGAAGAAUUCGGAUUGACGGUGAGCCCCAAUUUCGAAAGAGUCAACAGUUAUGAACUGAAACCACCGUCCAUUCAAUAUGCCGGAAGUGUUUUAUCAGUGAGAGAUGGUCAAUGGAGACAACAGAAUGAUAAAUUCAUAAGACCAGUACCGUUAUUGAAAUGGGUGCUUAUAAACACAGACGACAGAUCUCAGAAUUUGGUUCAUAAUGUGAUACAAGAAUUUCGAAACGCGGGUCCUACGUGCGGCAUCCAAGUUGAUCAUCCGCAACUAAUAGAUAUAUUCCGGUUUAGAAGUGAAAACGAUUUCACCAAACAUUUUGAUGAAUGGAAAAGGAAAGGUGCUCAGUUCUUCAUGGUAAUUUUGAAGGACCGAGAUUCGAACGUUUACAAUUAUGUGAAAAGAGCAGCUGAACUUCAGAUUGGAGUGUUGACGCAAUGCAUGAAAGCCGCAACUGUGAAACAAACGAUAAGGCAAAGAUUCGGGAUGACUGCUCGAAAUAUUUUAUUAAAGCUUAACGCGAAAAUCAACGGCAUCAAUCACGUACUUGCUGCUAAUUUGAAACCUGAGAUUUUGAACGAAGAUGUGAUGAUCGUAGGUGCGGAUGUUACUCAUCCGCCACCAGGUUCGAAUGAUCUGUCUAUCGCUGCGGUGGUUGCAUCGCACGAUGAAUUUGCAGUCAAGUACAAUAUGCAAUACCGAUUGCAAGCACCUCGUAAUGAGAUGAUUCGCGAUUUGAAGAACAUUAUGGAGGCGCAGUUAUCAUUUUAUCAAAAGAGUAUGGGUAAACUCCCAAAACGUAUAUUGUACUAUCGUGAUGGUGUCGCGGAUACUCAAUUUGAGAAGGUCCUAUCUUACGAAGUACAGGCCAUCCGUCAAGCUUUCGCUAAACUUGAGACAAGACCUACUCUCACGUUCAUAAUAGUUCAGAAAAGACACCACGCGAGAUUCUUCCCGACGUCUCAAGAAAUGUCCGACCAAAGCAAAAAUUUUAAUGUGAGAGCGGGUACUGUGGUCGACGAAAAAAUAACACAUCCGACGGAGAUGAAUUUUUAUCUGGUCAGCCACAAAAGCAUUCAAGGUACAGCCAGACCAACGAAGUAUCAUUUGUUGUACGACGAUAGUUCACCUACUAUCGAUUUGAUUUCGUUGGAACGAUUGACGUACUAUCUUUGCCAUUUGUACGCCCGCUGUAACCGAUCGGUUUCGUAUCCGGCACCUACAUAUUAUGCGCAUUGGGGAGCCGCAAGAGCCAAAGCGUUGUGGAGCAAUGAUUUCUUGGAUUUCAAGAGAAGAGGCGAGGAUCCUUGCAGGUUGAUUAACGAGCAAGAUCGACGCGGCCGAAUACUCGAUGACGUCGUCAAUGGCACGCCUAUGUUUUUUAUUUAAAAUUAAAAUGAACAAUUUGUCGAAAUGUUCUUUCGAGGUGUAGGUCUUAUGAAUUAAUUAAAAUACACUUAUUAAUAUAACCGCUUAAUGUAGUUCUGAAAUAUAUUAAAAUAUCUCAUUAAUCGA